ACUGAUGAGUGUGUGUUUUCUUUACAAUCAUUUUCACAACCCCAGUUUAAGGAGAUGAACAACAUUAUGGCCGAGAUUGAGAAUCCAUCGAAAGAUAAGAGUUCUGGUAGAGAAACCAUGUCAAACACAGACAUGACAGCGGUGAUGGAGAAAACGAUGCAGGGAGUCCAGGGAAGGUUUCAGACAAUGUCGGAGCAGCUGGAGACCAAACUCGAUGAGAUGGGAACCCGCAUCGAUGACCUUGAGAAGAACGUGUCUGAGCUCAUGACUCAGGCCGGCAUGGAGGAGCAGGCCGCUUCCAAGUAACAGCCCCCCCCUUUUGCUUAUCGGUUACAUGAGCUCUCGUCAUGUAACGGCCAAAAACUGAGGGCUUCCCGUUGAUUCGCCAACAGUGAUGUCACUUUGGUGGCGACCACAAAGUUGCACACGCUCAUCAAGGUGUCUUCAGUUUAUUUCUUACGACUUGAUCACUUUAAAGUUUAGCCAAAUGUGUGUGAUUUCCAAGGUGCAACCAUGCUGCUAAUAUAAUCUGUGUCUAUCCAACACGAAUCACAGGUUAAGUAGCCUUGAAACAUUUGUUGUUGUAACAUUUUGAUUAUGAUGACAGAAAACGUUUGUUUUUCUUUUUUUUUCAGAGCAUGUUCAAUCAAAUUACAGCUCUACCCUGUAGAGAUUUACUGUGAACAAACAUGGUUUUCUUUAUAUUUAAUGUUUUCUAACCAAAAUAUUCCUGUUUUUACACUCAAUGAAUAACAAACAUAUUGAAUGCAUUCACUACCUCAUUCAAUAAUCCUGUCUUGAAACCACAUGGUCUUCUCCACUUUCACUGCCACAAACUGAAGAUGUGCAUGUGCAUAAGAGUACAUUAGCUGGAUGUGUGUCCAGGGACAUGCAACGUCAAGACUUUAUUGUUCUACAGAGACUCUCGUCAUGGGAGGAAGGAAAUAUUAAAAUGUUUCCACCAAAGUGUUAGCAACCAAGUUGUUGACAGCAGAGCUAAGAACACAGUUGAGCUGAGCUCCUACUUAAACUGUUCUUCAGCUCCACUCUGAAGCCAAAACACACUAAUCACGUCAUUUCUACAAGGGUUUUAUUCUUCAAAAUAAGUGUUGCAUAGAGUGAAUUUAGAGUAAUUUUAUACACAGAUGAUUUAAAAAAAAAAAAAUCACUAAGAUCUGAACACAAUAAAAGCUCACUUAAAAUGAAAUAGUGGCACUUAAAAUGAGACAUUAUUGGAAGAAAAUCUAGUUUUGAACAAUGUACUAACCAAUGAUAAAAGCCAUUGAAAUGGUUACAACUGCUGAUUAAAUGUAAAUUAUUUGUUCAUAUAAAUACAGCUCAACAUAUCUGGUUACACAUUUAUAAUGUCCCAAUGAUACAAUUUAAAAAUGCAAUGUAAAGUGGCCUUAAUGGUAGAAGUGGUGAAUAUCACUCAUACAGUAGGUUGACAUUGUGCUAAGAGAGUUUUGCAAACUGAAGGAUAUUUUUUUUUUAUUAAUGACUUUAACUUAUCCUGAUGUCUGACAGAAUAUUGUUUAUCACAUCUAUGCAAUUUAUUUCUGAUCAUAAUUCUAUAUCAUGUAAAGUUCAACUGUGGAUCAUAUCCCGUGUCUUCCUCUGCUGAACCGGUGUGACCACCGCUGUUUAAUGCACAUGGUGCUGCACUCAGAUCAGCCAUCAGAUGACCUGAAUGGAUAAUAGAUACUGUAGUCAUGUGACUUUUUAUCACUGUGCACCAAAGUUAACAUGCAACAGCCAAAUAAAGAUUUUCUUAAAACAA